AUGAAUAUUCCACAGCGAAGACAGCCUGACGAUGAAGUUGGUCGAGAGAAGAGAGAUGACUCGUCUCGGUCACGUUGCAAUUGUCAAGUGCAGUCAAAUUGCCCGCCCGGUCCACCGGGGCCACCAGGCCUCAGAGGCGAAGAUGGAAUACCGGGUUACCCGGGUGCGCCAGGUCCCGAUGGAAUUGGUGCUGGAUCGUUCAAGUUCGACUACGGCCAGGGCUGCAUUCAAUGCCCAGCAGGACCACCCGGUCCACGCGGACCGCUUGGGCCUCCGGGACGUCCUGGCAGAGAUGGAGAUCCCGGUCCACCCGGCGUUCCCGGAAGAGGAAGUCGAAUGGGAGAACCUGGACCACCAGGCCCUCGUGGAAAUUGCGGAGAACCGGGAUUAGACGGCCCGCCUGGGAUGCCAGGAAGACCAGGACGCGAUGGAACCCGAUCGACACCUGGUUCACCAGGACGACGUGGUCCUCCUGGAGAGCCGGGCCCAAGAGGAUCUCCUGGCCCACCUGGCGUUGCCGAAGAAGGACCAGAUGGUCUUCCAGGUCCACCUGGUCAACGAGGAAGACCAGGCAUGCCAGGACCAAUGGGCAGACCUGGAUUGGAUAAGGCUGACACAUCAAAGUCAUUGCAGCCUGGCCGACCUGGAGUUCCUGGACUUGAUGCUGAAUAUUGUCCUUGCCCUCCACGUGGUAUCGCCCGAUCUGUUCGCGAGGAAGCUGGCUAUGAAGAGGAUAAGGUGUCAAGUGAUGAACCAAUCGUACAUCCAUCGUCGACUCAGGAGUUUGAGUACCGAAAACGUGUCGGCUUCCCGGAAACGUACGAAACACCGCCGAGAAUUGUAGCAAGGCGACGCUUGCGAUUUGUGUAG